AUGGCAACGUCGUAUCUGUUAGACCAUAAGCGCUUUUGGGCAAACGAGAAGUCACUGAAGACAAGAAUUCUAGAAGGAAGUGACGUUAUUCAGCAGAGCGACUAUCUAAAGGACUUUCUGCUUCUAAUUCAGUCAGAUGGUUUAGAGGCGGCUUAUUUAGAAUAUGGUGACGAUGAACCUCGCCUUCCUCCUCCAGAAAGUGCCUAUCGUAAAGCACCUGAAAAUGUCACGUAUGAUUAUGACGUCAUUGUUGUUGGGGCAGGUAUGGCAGGUCUCUCUGCUGCGUAUGAAUUGAAGAAAGCAGGGCUUUCAGUGAUAAUUUUGGAGCAAACAGACCGUUAUGGUGGAAAGCUGUUCACUUACGGCCCGGAAUCAGGUCUUGCACCUGGUUUAUAUGGCGAAG